AUGUCUUCACUUUUCACACUCCCCAUUGAGCAGUGCGGCGCCCACCCAGGUGGUACUCUCGCCUGCACCGAGCCUGCACCAAGAGUCUACCUACUCACUCUCACAUCCCCCCCAGACAACCGUCUCACAACGCCUGUCCUGAAAGCCUUUCUUAACGCGCUUGAUAUCAUCGAAUUUGGUUAUCCUCACGGUGUUGUCGCGACUACUUCGGGGAUUCAGAAAUUUUAUAGCAAUGGGCUUGAUCUUGAGCAUGCUGUUGCCACAGACGGUUUCUGGCCUUUGUUGUAUGAUGUUUGGAACCGCUUCUUGACAUACCCUAUGCCUACAGUGGCCCUCAUGAACGGACAUGCUUUCGCAGGCGGCCUUAUGCUCGCCACAUCCCAAGACUACCGCCUUGCUCCCUCCCCCCGUGGCUUCCUCUGCCUCAACGAGCUUGUCUUUGGCGCACCUCUCAAGCCCGCCAUGUCAGCUCUGUUCCGCGUCAAGUAUUCCCACGAGACUUACCGCAGCCUUGUCCUCGAAGCCAAGCGCUUCUCAGGCGAGGCCGCUGUGACAGCUGGUAUCGCUGACGGCAUUGCGCCGCAAGGCGUUGAGGACCUGCUUAGCUUUAUCAAAGAGAAAGAGCUCAUUGACAAGAGUAAGUCGGGCGUUUACGGCGUGUUGAAGAUGGAGAUGUACGCGGGUUUGAUUGAGACCAUGAAGGGCCCGGCUAUGGAGGCGCAUGAGAAGAGAUUUGAGGAGGCGCAGGCGAGGGAGGGUGAGAGGAUGGAGUUCGGAAAAGUUUGGUAUGAGCAGUGGUUGAAGGAUGCCAAGGCAAAGCUGUAG